AAGCAUCAAAGCUUGGUCAAAGCUUAAGAACAAAACUGGAAAUGUUUAUAACCCUCAAACAAACACCUUUAACUUAACGGAAGAGGAAUGGCAACUUGAGAGCAAGUCCAACAAAUUCGUAGAAAAGUUGAGAAGAGGGCCACUUGAUUAUCCCGACUUGUGUAUUCAAUUGUUUGAAGGAUCUACUUCAAAUGGUUUUGAUAGUUGGGGGCCAUCUUCUACAAUUCCUCAUCCUUCUGUGGAAAUGAUUGAUCAAAUUGCUCCUUUGGACAUUGAUGGCACUCAAAUGGAACAUGGGGCUAGUGAAGAGUCUUCUGAUCGGUCUAAACACAAACGAAAAUCAUCAACUGAAGGUGUUAGUUACGAGUCAUCGGGUCGGUCUAAAAAAGGGAAACAAACAUUCAAUGCACAUCUCAUGGAAGUUGGGGAGGAUAUAAGGAAGGUGGCAAACAUGUUGCUUGAGAAACACAACCAGUCUAAUGAUAUACAUGCAUGCAUGGAGAAGAUGGAGACUUUGGGAUGGGAAGAAUCUGAUGCGAAAUAUCAAACGGCGAUUUUUCUUUUUGGUGAAAGUGCUGAUUUGAGGAAAGUGUGGUUAGAACUUAAGCCGCACACUUGUGAAAUGUGGGUUAAGAACGCGGGAACGAAGUAUGGAUUAUUUUAAUGUUGUGUUCUAGUUGCCUUUUGAUAGCUAAACUUUGAGCUAUGUUAGUAUGUGUUUUUCUUUUGAUAGCUAAACUUUGAGCUAUGUUUGUAUUUGUCUUGUUGAAUGCUAAAGUUUGUAUUAGAUGCUAAACUUU